AUGUGGCGGAAGGAGCUGACUCUGGUGUUACUAACAAGUAAGGCGAAUAUAUUGUUAUUGGCUGAAACUUAGGCUGUUACAAACAUGUUAAAGUUUCAAAAUGAAUGUGUUUUGUAAUGUUUCAGUUAUUGCUGUACUUAAUUGACCAACCAAUGCACCAUCAGCUCUACCUAUCCAUCUUUCUACCUCUUAAUCCAUCUGUCCCUCUAACAAUGUAUCUUUCUGUCUUUUCUUAGUAGCAGCUGUGGUGAUUUUGGGUGAGGAGCCUGUGAUCUUGGGGAAACGGACUGAUGUGUCCCAUCCCUCUGGUUCCUCCCUGACUUUGAGCUGCAAUUUAAAUACAAAGACUUAUCAGAGAUUUCGCUGGUUCUUGUUUCGUAACUCCUCUGUACCUUCAGUCCAAAAUCUAGAAGAAAUAUACAAGGACAUGUGUUUCAGGACCAAAAAGGACUCCCCCAUGGUUUGUAACAAAACACAGCUCCCAAAGGACAACGGCAUCCUCACUGAAGAGGAUGUGUUACAGUACACUCUGUUAAACGCUACAGAGGCAGACAGUGGAUUAUACUAUUGCAAAGUCACAGCAGAGAUUCCUGAAUUUGAAACUAAAUGCAGUGAUGGAACAGAAAUCAUUAUUGGUAAGUCUAACUCUUGACUCAGUCCAGUUACCUACGGUUUGUUUCUCCAUUGCUUUAGAAGUGUUUUUAAAUAAUUUCUUAAGAUCUUGAGGCUGAAGAAUUUCUCUGAAAAAGGCAACGAGACACUCUAGAAAACCUACAAAAAUUCUGAUUUCUCCGGUACCUUUAAUUUAUAUGUUAAAGUGAAAUGAAUGUGUCAGUGAAUAUGUACUUCUUUAGCUGACACUAAAGGUCUACAGGUUGAUACUGUUGUUGUUCACCGCCUGCUUUUGAGUACCAGAGUGGAAAUUCCACAUAUUUGAAUUUGUGAAAAAAAGAAACAGAAAGGAGUGUUUACUCAAGAUUUGUAUGCUGUGUUAAAGAAAGAUUUCACAGCGCUGCUCUGCGCCUAAACAAAUAUUACUUAUACAACAGUCUCAGACACGCGGAGCCAGAUAUGUCCACUGAUCAAUUUAAACAAUCAGUUAAUUUAUGAUGGCAAUAAUUCAUAUCAAAAAUGAUCUAAAGACACAAACAAGAGAAAGUUGAGCGAGAACAGCAUUUGGCAUUAAAGUCAAACUUUUUUUAAGAGGCAAAAAACCUUGAACAAAGUUACACCAGUAAACCGCCAUUUGAUGGGAAUGAUUUGGACAGAGAUAUAGGGAUAUGGAGAUAAACUUUAAUACAGUCCACAGGCAGAAAAGUUACAGAACCAUUUUUGGUACAUUGAAGUGACACUGGACGUCCUGCUACUCAGCUGCCGACAGUGAAUCUAUAACCCAGGCAGACAUUACAGCCUCUUUAACAGUGCUUCAGGCAGAUUUUGACACAUAAACAAACUAUUCUGUAUGUGACAGCAAUUUCUGUCGCAAAAAAGUAACAUUUUUGUUUAAUCUAACCAUGCAACUGCUUAAUACCAUAAAACAGCUAUGCUUAAAUAUCUGCUUUAAGCCUCAUCAUGCAGUCAAUGAAUAACACCUUAAAUUGUGAGGGGAUACAUAUGUUAACCCUUUUGCUUGCUCUGCUUCUUAAAGUAUUGUUUUGUUUCCUCCAUGACAGCAAAGCGCAUGGAACACACAACGUAUCCACUUCCCAUAGUAACGGAUAAACAAGGUGUGUGUGUGUGUAUCUACCAGCAUCUAGCUCAUAUGAGCAAUAAUGCAUUAAACUUUGUACAGCCAGGCCUCAUAUGUUGGUGGGAGAUUAUUGUUAGAUGUUGUUCUGAACUGAGAGACAAUGUUGAUCCACUUAUAGAGGUGUUAAAACCAUCGGUGCGGGUGUUAAAAAAUGUGUCAAAGUGUAUUUUCUGUGCACACUGGCUUUGCAUCAAUUCACAGUAAAUCGCAAAUCAUCAUGGAGUGAUUACUUGAUCAUAAUUCAAAAACAAUAGUGACCAUGUACCGUUUAAAACAGCAUUACAACAGUCUCAUUCUUGUGUAGCGUCCAUAUUGUAGUCAGAGGCCAUGUUCAUUUGAAUUCAACUACAACUGUGAAAAUGGCCCCUGUGAUAGCUGGACCAUUGUGUGCACACGGUGGCUCACUUACACAGAUAAACUGAUGGAUCAUAAUCACAUCUUAAUGCUUUUCUCUUACAGUAACUGCAACUCCAACACCUGGCAUCUUGCUGCUCCACUGGUGGGUGUGGAUGUUAAUUGGGGUGUCUGCUGUCAUUGUGAUCGUCCUAAUUAUUGUAUGCAUCUUGGUGAGAAGACGAUGCCGCAAACGCAAAGGUACCAUUAUAUCUUUCUUUCUAAUCCUCUUGAUCUACCAACAGGGCAGUAAACACUAUAAGUAA